AACCUCACUAGUCCCUACAUUCACAUAGGGCUAGCGAGCACGAGCCUCCCUUCUCGAGCUACGACCACUCACUCAGGCCACGAUGAGCAACGGCAGGAUGAACGCCGCGGCGGGCGACGACUUACCGUUAGGGGCAAUGCAGCCGCCGCCCUACGUCGGCUUUGAGCUCGCCGGCAUGAUGGCUGGUGGCGGAGGAGGAGGCCAGCGCCACGAGGGGGCGAUGAUAUCCGACAACUUCGACUUCGCGGCGGCAGCGACCGCCUUCAACCGGUUACGGGAGGCGCCGCACCACCAGAUGCUGGCGCUGCCGCCCAACGGCAAUGGCACCGGUGGGCUGGUCCUUAUGGCGCCGCCGCCCAUGUCCAGGAUGCAGCUGCAGAUGCCGCCCAUGGCCAUGGACGGUCACAGUGACGUGUACCCGGCUCUUGGGAUGGUGAAGCGCGAGGUCGGCGCCGGAGACGAGGGGAGGAUCGGCUUGAACCACGGCCGGCGGACCUACUUCCCCACCGGCGACAUGAUGGCGGUGGACCGGAUGCUCAUGCGGUCCCGUCUCGGCAGCGUGUUCGGCCUGGGAUUCGGCCGCGCCCACCGCCAACCGCCUCAGUGCCAGGUGGAGGACUGCAAGGCCGACCUCUCCGGCGCCAAGCACUACCACCGGCGCCACAAGGUGUGCGAGUACCACGCCAAGGCCUCCCUCGUCUCCGCUGCCGGCAAGCAGCAGCGCUUCUGCCAGCAAUGCAGCAGGUUCCACGUGCUCACGGAGUUUGACGAGGCCAAGAGGAGCUGCCGGAAGCGGCUCGCAGAGCACAACCAUCGCCGGAGUAAACCGGCGGCCGGCAGCGCGAGGGCGGCGUCCAAGGUCUUGGCGCCACCUUCCAAGAAACCCAACGCCAGCGGCAUCUCCAGCUCCUACGCCACCAACAAUAACACUUUGAGCGCGACCAACAAGUCGACCAUCUCGUCCAACACGAGCGCGACCAGCUGCCUUAAGCAAGUCCAGGCCAGCGUAGCGACGGCGAGGCGGAUGACGCUCACCCUGGGCGUGCCGCCAGAGAAGGAGCGCCGCCAGCAGCAGCUCAGCAAUGCCAUGCAGCUCCACCACCAACGGGAGCAGCAGCACUUCAUUACCUCCCUCCUGCACAGAAACGUCAACAACAGCAACAUCAUGUCAUGUUCCUCUGUGUGCUCCAGCACGAUGCCAUCGGUGGCGGCUGCCAACGGCCGGGUCUCCGACCAGAACAACAACAACACCAAUGGCAGCAACCAAGCCAACAACAGCAUGCUUAUGUUUGAGGUUGACUUCAUGUAGAUGUUGGAUCUUGAGCAUUAUGCUUCAUAAUUAUGAUCAGAAAACCACAUUAGGUACUUGGUGGAAGUGUUUCGUUUUUCCCCUGUUAAAAAGGACCGGAGGGGGUUAAACAGCGACAAAGCAAUGUACUCGAUCCCUCCGGGUUUUUUUAGUCUGUAUUUAAGAUUUGCCUGAAGUCAAUUGUCGUA